AUGCUCAAAGAGACUCUGAUGCUUUCUCUUGUUUUGGUCUUCUUUGUGGCUGCAACACCAUCGCUUGCAUUCAGCCCAGGUUUGCGUGCUUCCUCUAGCUCGGCAUGGAACGUUCCACUGGAAGAACGAAGAGCUUACUUCCAGCAACAAAAACUGGAUCACUUCACACCCGAGGAUGUUGCGAAGGAGUUUGGAGCCGCUGUCGUGACCUUGGAGCACAGAUUCUACGGUGAAAGCUCACCAUUUCACAACCUCACAGUUGACAACCUCAAGUAUCUCACGAUCCAGCAAUCUUUGCUGGAUCACGCGGAGUUUAUCGCUUUCUAUCAGGUGAAACUUCUUUUGUCACGCUCUCAACUCUCACAGAUGGGAAUCACUGCUGGCCCAGAAUGCAAGCGAGUGCUGCAGAAUGUCACAAGCAUUGUUGAGAAGGCUUUGCUAGAAAACGGAACCGCGAUCAAAUCUUUCUUUGAUCCAAACGCUGUAAAGGCCCAAAGCGGACGGUUUAAUCAGUUGUGUACUUCAGUACUCAACGCAAGUGCUACUAACAAUGCUACAAAGCUUCUGGUAACUAAAUUCGUCUUCCACGUACAAUCACCCAACUGUUUCAAACAGGACGUAUUUUCAUCCUUCCCAACCGGCCCUGUGGACUUCUUCGACGUGGAACUACUGAGACUUUCAGUGCAAGCUAACCAAAGUAGUGCAAGAGAUCAAUGGGCCUGGAAGUAUCAAGUUUGCACGGAAAUGGGACUCUUUCGAGUCUCUAGCGGACCAGAUGGCUUGUACUACUUGGAUCAGUGCUCGCAAAUGUUUGGUCAGGGAAUCCAACCGGACGUUGCAACGACAAACCUGUUGUUUGGGGGAGCAAAGAUUGCCGAGCCAUCGUUUAUGCUGGACUGCCACUCUUGUUCCCACGUCCAGGAUUUCAAGACAGGGUGUGUGAUAACAAGUAAGCUUCUUUUCGUUUUCUCCCCCAACUCCAUAACUUUUCUACCAGAUCCUCAAGAAUGCGACAUGCUAGACAAAGCUCGCGCGUUCAUUCGCUUGCAAAUUGGGAAUUGGCUCCAGGAGUAUAUGAGCCAGCCCUAA